CUUUUUGUACGCGGCGUGUCAUUGGCUCAGGAACGCGCGCGAGGACGACAGAGCAGAGCGGAGCAGAUCAGAGCGCGAGGACAGGGGCCGCCGUCGCGCAUGCGCCGUUAUUGUUUUGACUGAAAAUGCCGUCGGUUUCGAAAACGGCGGCGAGCGCUUCUUCUCCUCAAACCGAGAAACCAACCCACUAUACAUAUUUGAAGGAGUUCAGGACCGAGCAGUGCCCGCUGUUUCUGCAGCACAAAUGCACACAACACAGACCCUUUACCUGCUUUCACUGGCAUUUUCUGAACCAGAGAAGACGGCGACCGAUCAGGAGGAGAGACGGGACUUUUAAUUACAGCCCUGAUGUCUACUGCACGAAGUAUGACGAGACAACAGGGAUCUGUCCAGAUGGAGACGAGUGCCCAUAUUUGCACCGGACCACUGGUGAUACAGAGCGCAAGUACCACUUGCGCUAUUAUAAGACUGGCACCUGCAUCCAUGAAACAGAUGCCCGGGGGCACUGUGUAAAAAAUGGGCUCCAUUGUGCCUUUGCUCAUGGGCCUCACGACCUCCGGCCUCCAGUCUAUGACAUCAGAGAGAUACAAGCACAAGAAGCUUUGCAGAAUGGCCAGUUAGGUUCUGGAGAAGGAAUCCCGGACCUACAGCCAGGGGUUCUGGCCAGCCAAGCCAUGAUUGAGAAAACACUCAUUGAAGAUCCUCGAUGGCAGGACACCAAUUUUGUUUUGGCCAACUAUAAAACCGAGCAAUGCACCAAGCCCCCUCGUCUAUGCAGACAAGGCUACGCCUGUCCACAUUACCAUAACAGUCGAGAUAGAAGACGGAAUCCGCGCAAGUUCAAAUACAGGUCGACUCCCUGCCCGAGUGUAAAGCAUGGUGAUGAAUGGGGAGAGCCAUCAAAGUGUGAGAGCGGAGACAGCUGUCAGUAUUGUCACUCACGCACCGAGCAGCAGUUUCACCCAGAGAUAUACAAGUCUACAAAAUGCAAUGACAUGAAGCAAACUGGAUACUGUCCCAGGGGGCCAUUCUGUGCUUUUGCACAUGUCGAAAGAAUUCCUUCUACCGAGGAGACCAUGAACAACCUGCUGACAGCAAUGCAGUCAGGCUCUCAGGCGAAGCUGGGCUCCCAAUAUCCCGAGUGUACCAGCAGUGACUGGAGCACCAACACCAGUUCCAACACCAGCAGCACGAGCAACAACGGGCAGACGGCAAGCGUGUCAUGCUCUAAUAGUCCAACUGUAACGUCAAGCUCAGGAAGCGCCAGUUCAUUGUCCCCUAUUGGAACCAUCGGCAGGCCCAAAAGCUUUACUAAUGGUAGCUUAUGUUCAGAGUCCACCACAUCCACUGUUUCGUCUCCGACGUCUAACUAUCCCAAAGCUCCGGGCUUUGAACGGGAGGACCAGGCAAAGAACCAGAAAGGACAGUGUGGGGAAAAUAAUCAGAAGAUAUCCGACCAAGAUAAGCAGAUCCACAGCAACAUAUUUUCUGUGGUGAACCCACUGGCAUCCAGCAUAACAUCGAGCAUCACGUCCAGCUUAGCCUCAAGCAUCGGCUCAGACAGCUCCUCUCCCACUACACUCUCAACUAUGAAUGCAAAAGCUACCCCUUUCUAUCCAGGAAGCAAUACAGUCGAGUCAGUAAUAGGAUCUGCCCUGGACCUAAACUUCAAUGACAUCAGCGUUGCCUCCCUCGAUAAAGACUUAGAGGACCAAGACAAUAAUGGCUUUGGGAUAACAAGCCAAAGGUUAUUAGGAGGCUCAGAUCCCGUCAACAUUCCCGGCUCUCUGGCACGGUGUUCGUCUCUGCAUUCCUCCUCCUCCCUGUCCGCCUCCCCUCUCAGCUCUCUGUCCCAGUCAUUGUCUCAGUCAUUGCUCAGUGGAAUGGCUUCUCAGCAGGGCCAGACACAAGGCUUGCCAAUCAAAACCGAACACAGCCUCCUAGGGACGCCUACAUCUACUCAAAACUCUUUAGGGUUGAAUGGUGGAGCUGGAGGCAUCUGGGACUUCAUGAGUGGCAGCCUUUCCCCAAGUCCAUCUCCAGUGUUCAGCUCCAGCAGUGCAGAUCUUGCCCGACUCCUUCGUGAUCUGGACGAGGCCAAGAAGAAGAUUAAGCAGUGGGAGGAUGCCUGGCACCAGGUCAAACAGGCAUGUGAAGCAUGGCAGAAAGAUGCGAAAGAGGCGAAAGAGCAGGCGAAGGUAGCCGAGGCAGAGCGGCAGCUGGCCGAGCAGAAGCGCAAGGAUUCCGAGCUCAAGCUAAAAGAUCUGCAAGGAGACUUUGACACGCUAUGUCGUUCACCCAGCAUGCCUCUGCUGCACAGCUAUGGAGACCUGGACCAGCUCCCACUGCCAAAACUCCACUCUAUCCAGAGCCAGCUGCGCUCAGACCUCGAACUUAUCGAUGGGGUCAUAUAUCAGCUUCAGUCAAAGAAAUGUAUAGUUUGCCAAAAGCAUGAUCGUUGCAUCGUCCUGCAGCCUUGCCAACAUUAUGUACUUUGUGAAAACUGUGCACCUAGUAAAGCAGAAUGUCCUUACUGUCAGACAAAAAUACUGAAGUGGUGAUGUAAAGCUGUCUAAGGUACUAUUUAAAGAUCUAGCCCUUUGAAGAACUACUAAUACCUUAUAACGCUUACAGUUUCUACAUAGCUUUUUUUUUUGUUUUGUGUUUUCAGUGUUUCAUUUAGUCAUUUAAAAUGAUAGGUCUUAGAAUCUAAUAAAUGGUGUUUGACUGAUCUAUAGAAAUCGAGUACUUAAAUGCAAUACAGGUUUUUUAUACUAGAUACUAGUUCAUUUUUAUUAAGCAUUACAAAUUCCCCCAGGAAAAAAAAUAAUAAAUCUCUCGUAAUCCACUAGCCCCGAUUCGACUGUUAAUUACAGGAACAUCAGUCAGACAUCAUUACUGCUACAUUACUGUGUGGGGGAAAAAAAAGCACUUUGUUAACCUGGAAAUUGUCAAAUGGUAUUUUAGAAAAAAAGAAUUGCUUCAAGCUGCUUUUGUAGAUUAUUAUUAUUUUUUUUUUUUUAAUUAUUAUUUUUAGAUCAUUUUUUUCUCUCUUCCCCCCGAGAUUCGCUAAUGUAUGAAGCUUCGUGUGUGUACUGUGAAACAUAUAGUAGAUUAUUUCACAUUUCUUAUCUCACAAUAUAGUUAGUACGAUCAUACGAAACCGUAGUUACUACUUUUUUUCCUUGUUACAAUUUUACAAUCAAUAAGUGACAAUUUUGAAUGCAUUCUAGCUAUAAACCAGCAGCUCUAAUAUCAGUAAGGCACAUACUGUAUGCUAAAGCGUUUAGACUUCUUUUUUUUGUUUGUUUUCUUUUCCCUUUUAGUGAUUAUUCAGUACCGCAUUAUGUAGUUGUAAUAAGAAGCACAUUUUCUGAAGUCCUCAAAAGAUGUGUUGGUGGUUUUUUUGGGGGGACUUUCAGCCUCUCGGAUACGUUUACCGGGACGUAUCUGACGCUAGGCCGCUCACUCUCAAGUGCCUUGACUGCUCCAAUACUUCAGCAUUCGUGAGGAGUUUUAGCUUCGCAGCUAGUCAGUGCUUUUGCAGACGUAUGUAUUUCUCAUUACUCUCUGAGCGUAUCCGUAUCCCGGCCCAGUUCAAAGUGUUUCCUUUUCCAGAUUGAAUCGUCGUCCUUGUUUACGCUCGGGACACUUAGCUUAUUGUUAUUGUUAUUAUUAUUAUUAUUAUUAUUAUUAUUAUUAUUAUCAUCAUCAUCAUCAUUAUUUUUGGUCCCCAUUCCUUCUCUAUGAGCAAUGGUGCUUUUUGGGUGCAGCUUCAGUAUCUUUAAAUAAAAUGUCAAUUCAUUGAUUUCAAUAUUUUAGGAAAAUACGAAUCAGGAAAUAAACACGUAUUCCUUUGAUUACAAAUUUAAAAACUGGCUUUUCUUUUUACGUUGUUUUCUAAUGUUUGGAAUUGUAGUGCUCUUUAGUGUUUACAGAUAAACAAAUCCAUGGUGUUAAACUUUAUUCUAGAUAUUUUUUUUUCUUGCCGAAUCUGAGAGUGUAAUGUGCUUUGGUUAAUCUAAUUGAAUGACCUACUACUGUGUUAAAUAGUUUUUUCCUUGUUUGUUUGUUUCCUUUUUUAUUUUAGUGGUCCUUUAAUAUUACAGCAAUGAAACGGUGUAUUCAGUAGCCAGAUGCACAAGUUUCUUUGAUCUUGGGAAAAAUGGUUUACUUCUUAAGGGAUUGUGGUUUAUAACAAAUGCGGCCUGGACCUGAACAGGUUAUUUCCCAUUUAAAAGAAAAAAAGCGUGUGUAUGAGUUUGUCUUUUUUUUUUUUUCUUUUCCUCCCUUCUGUAACUCACGAGCAGAUCGAUGGGCUUGAGAUGCCGUAGGACAAAGAAGAAUUGUCACAUAUGUUAGUCGUGUAAACCGCUGAAACUCUAGGUCAUGUUGCCAUAAGUGUGUGUGUGUGUGUGUGUGUGUGUGUGUGUGUGUGUGUGUUUUUUGGGCUGUCAAGGCCAGGUAUUGUGUAGGCGUGGCAGCCAGCAGCACCGAGGUAUUUCUAUACAAAACGUGAAAAAACUUUUUUUUUUUUUUCUUCUUCUUCUUCUUUUUAUUUUCUCAUUAGGUUCCUGGACCACAGCAUAGAUUUUUAGAUUUAAAUAAAUAAAUAAAUGAAUGAAUAAAUAAAUAAAUGAAUAAAUGAUGCAAGUGCUGCAUCUGGAAUGUGGCAGAGUAUGUACAGAAAAAUCAGACGUCUAUUCAACCGAACCAAAGUGGUAUUAUAGUUUUUUGGGGGUUUUUUUCCCUCCUUCUGUGUUUUUUUUUUUUUCCUACAGCUUAAUAAUUUACGAUGAUCACAGCCUUUUGUGUUUAAUUAGACAAAACUAUGCCGACUGCUUUUGCUGACAACAUUAAUGGAUUUAAAGUUUUGUUUUGUAGUUUUUUGUUGUUGUGUAUUUUUUUAACCAAAGACCUUUUACUGUAUUUUUUUUCCCCACUUUUUUUCUUUAUGUCUAUGGAUUUAGAUGAGAAAUCAGAUUCCGACUGAAGCGGAUGUUAUUUUGUUUUGUUUUUUUAACACUGCUGUGUGCGUCAUAAACAGCGAGUGGACUCUGGUGUCGAUGUAAAAGGAGCCGCGGAGUUCUUUAUCGUUCACGUAUCCGGAUCCGAAUCGGCUGGAAUCUGUAGUGAAGGAAUGAAACGGACGUCAGUCAAAAAAAAAACAAGCGUGUUAAUAAUCUCACGUGGCCAUAUGGAUCAGUGCUUAUUUGAAGUAUAUACAUACAAUUUCUUUUUUUUAUUAUGCUAAUAGUACUUUAUAGUAAAAUUAUUAAGCCAGUUUUGAAAUAUUAGUGAUUGUGCACUACUCGUAUGCUGUCGAAUUAAUUGUAAAAGAGUGUGUUUGGACUGUAGGGUGCUUUCUUUAGUUUCCAUUUGACUGGUGGUUGUUUAAAACUUUUAUAAAAAGAAUUUUACUAAGCAAAAAAAAAAAGAGAGAGAGAGAUGAAUCGAAAUGCACGUUUUACAGCAAAGUCUUAUUUAAGUUUCAAAUUUAUUCUUGUAGCUUGACCAAAUUUGUGGAUCGUGAGCUCUCGUGUGCUCUAGUGGCUGAUGCAGACAGUCGGUUGUGUUCAUCUUCAAACCUCGGCCUUGGAACGCAUUACAAUGGACCAAUUCCCCUAACACAUUUUUAUUUAAUUUUUUUUGCACGUGCUUAAUAAUUAAUGCCUCCUCAUGCGGUAAGUACUAAUGUAUUAUAGAUACGACGAGUCUCUGUCCUGCACUAAUGCUAAAUUUUCUCCUGAACAAAUGUGUGCCUUUGUAUAAAAAUCUCUUUGUAGUAUUCUUUGAUUGAUCAAGUGUCUAUUUGUCAUAUAGAAAAAUGAGCCAAAUUGUUGUGCCUUGGGACAUUUCUCCAUGGAUUCCUGGAAGUUGCAGGCGUCCUGCUGUAGUUUUACACAUUUCUUUUAUGGUAUUAAUGACUAUUUGCCUUCAUCUUUAGGGAAGGUGCAGCUCUAAGUUUCCUUCGUAGACGUGUCGCUUGCGCGAGCGCAUCAGAGCACGUCGUCGUACGUAUGAUGUAUAACUCAAACAGUAAUCAAGUCAAAGCUUCGAGUACGACUCACCUGAGCCGAAUCGGUUACCGUGUCGGUUGCUAUAGAGUGAAUAAAAACUAUAUUUUUGCUGACUUCAGCCACAGAACUCACUUUAAUUACUCCCUAAUUUCACAGCCCAAUGUCUGUGUCAGCCAUCGGUUAGUAAUCAGUGUUCAAAUAAGGAUAAUAAUAAUAAUAAAAAUAAAGGACAUGGAAAUGAAUGGCCAGGCAACUGUUAUUAAAGAAAAGCACCAAGUAGAAAUGUUUCUCUUUUUUUUUCUUUUUUUUUUUUUUUUUUGGGGUUGUUUUGUUUUUCGAACAAUGUAAAUGAACUGUAAUGGAGUUGUACCAUAACACACUGCAGUGGAAUAAUCUUUUUUUUUUUAUGUGAAUUGUUUUCCUUUCUUUUUUAUUUUCUAUUAAUCUGAUUAUCGAACCUGAGGAUUUAUGCAAUCUUGUGUAUAUAUACAUACAUACAUAUGUCUGAAUCUGGUUAAAUUGACCAGUCUAGCUAGGACAAAAAAAGUAAUACUUUAUUAUUAUUAUUAUUAUUAUUAUUAUUAUUAUAGACGUUGGUAGGAAACAGAUUUAAAAAAAAAAAAAAAUUAGAAAUAAAAAAUUAAACCCAGGAUUGGAAUGUGGGGAUUGAUCUAAUGUGGAAACCCUGAAUAAUGAAUGUAAUGGAGUCUAAAGCGAACUCCUGUUCAGGUUUAAAAUGGAGACUGGAGGGAGCCCUGGACAGCAGUGGAUCCAUGAUGUAGCACUAGUUGUAUGAAUUGCGAUACAUGACAAAUAAAUUUUUAAGUUAAACACAA